UGGUUUUGACAGGACUUAUGCUAAGUGGAGAUAAUAUAUAACUGAGUGGGUCAAACCAGGCUCUCUGGAGACCAGUAAGCUCCAUGUGAAAAUCACAGACCAUCUGACUGAUGGUUUUCUGUUCUCCAAUAAAGAUCUAAGGAGUACAGUUAGUGGGAGGUAAAGCCUGUGGCUUGCUGGGCCUUCACUCUGGUCAGAACUGCUGUAAACAGAGCAGUGAUAGAUUUGGCAAUAUCUUAAAGGAGUGAGAUGGGUGGCUACUUCCUAAUACUCCCACUAGGAAAAGCUUGGCUUAGGCUGGAGAGAGGAAUUAAGCCCAAUUUGAAGGACUGGUCACUAGAAAUUUAAUGUGUUUAUUUUCCCAAGAAAACAAAUGGCCAAAGGUAUAUAGCUACACUGAUCAGCCAUGGACUGGAGAUAUAUGCUCUAAUAAAUGGAAAAUUACAGACUAGACUAUUGUAGGAAAAACAAUCUGGUGAAGAGAGAUAUGGAAAGAAAUCAAUGAAAGGAAUUCAGCAAUUCAUGUAGGACACGUACCAGCUCACUGGAACAGAAAGAGAGAAUAACUUAUUUAGAAUAAAAGAGGAGACAACCUGCCCCCCAAAACUAAUGUAGACUCUGCAGUCUUGGGAAACUCCAAGUCCGCACUCAGCUCCCUUGUCAGUUCAAUUUAAGGUUGCAGAAUGGGCAUGUGAAGCCUCAAGGCAUAUGAACAUGAACGUCCUAGGCAAGCAGAGGAGACAGUGAAAAAAAACUGAAUCAAACGAGUAAGUAAGCUAUAAGAGAUAUAUCAAAUUACUAAAAACUUGCAUACUCAACAAACUCAUUUUUAAGGGAAGUGGGGGUGGUAAACCAGACAGAUGUGACAGGUGGAUUAUAUUGGGCCAAUCUAUAGAUUUUUAAACAAAGAAUAUUGCCUUACAGAAGUGUAAACUUGCUCACAGAGAAGGUUUGCAGAGCACCCUAGACAUGCAGAUGAGAAUGGUACAACCAUGGCUUUGAACGAAGUUGGAGGAACGAGCUGCUAGAUAUGGAAUAUUGGCAAUAAUAGGAAAUGACCAAGAGACUAAUUUUAUAACAGAAGUUGUCCAAAAUUUGGCAAAAGACAGAGAAUGUGGGACUUUUCAUUUACCAUAAAUUCCCCAGGCUGCUGGGACAAUUGGAAACUUUAAUGAAUGGAUUAUUAAAAACACAGAAGGAAUUUAGCAGCACCAGAUAUAAAUGGCAAUGAGGCAAAGGUUCUAAGAAAGAUGGAAUUAAUUGAAAGACUGAGUGAAUGUUUCUUCCUGAACAGAGAUGUUCAAGAAAGAUAUACAAACUACUUUUGCUCACUGUUCUCAAAUCUCCUUAGAAGAGGUAAAGAACAUGAGUAGUGUAAAGGAAAGAGUAUGGGUGGUAGAUCCUCAUAAGGCCAUCAGAGAUGGGGGAGCAAUAGCUAGGGCUACCCUCUCAACCUUAUGCUAGAGCCAAAACCUGUAGGAUGGGUAAAGCCUCAAAGGAUACUAAUCUUUAUAUUUCUCUUUUCUAUUAUUAGAUCUGCUUUGCUGUUUUCUCUUGGCUGUGGCAAUCUGUCUGAUGGUCAUUGAAAUAGCAGUUCACUACCAAUACGAACAAGAAUACCAUAUCUAAAUUUUGAGGGAAGUUCACCAACUUUAUCAAAAAGUGCUAUAGGACCACUGGCCUCAUUCUGUACUUAAUCAUUAUCAUAAUCUUAUCAACAGUCUUAUUUCUCGACCAAACCAACCGCUGAACCAUUGCUAGCCCAAAAGGAUCCAUUGUCACCAAGGGCCCAUUUGCUAUAGCUUUUAGUAAUAUUUUAUCUACUCGGAAGAGCACUGAGCCAUGGAGUCUGUGUCACUCCCUGUUCUAAUUGAUGGACUUGUUGAUUGUGUAGCCAAGUUAAUAAGAAUAGCUGAAGGGCUUUUACAGUUGAUUUCACAAGAACAAGUUCCUUGUGUACAGCAAAAUGAUAGAGCAGAACCGAUAGGAGCAAAUGCAUCUCCUUUCGAGGAAGCUCCACUGCCAGACCUUGCUGAACUCUCAGAUUUAGAAUCAAUACUUGCGCCAGGAGAAGAUGAAGACCUAAUGUUUGAUAUAGAUCAAGCUAUGUUAGACACAGGUGAAUUAUCUGAAGACAUACUCUCUGGGAUAAAUGAGGACUUAAAAAAUGAAUAAGACCUAAUUUUCCCCCUUGAGAAUGUGAGAAUUGAUCAUUUCCCUGUUUCAGAUAUAUUCUGAUUUUUCUGAAUGUUGUUAGCAAUGUGAGUUUUCUCCCAGUUCUGCACAUUUACUAAUUUCAUUACUAAUACCUUAUAGAACAAGUAAUAUUUGAUUUAGUUCCAGCAGAGGCUGGGCUCUUUUCUUCUUUGAAUUUAUAAAAUGUUCUGACUUUUGCUAUAUGGUUCUUUCUUUAUCUGUACUUAUUCUCCUGCUAGGAUUUCUGAUAACAGGAGCAAACAAUAGCAAAGAAAAGAAACUCCUCACCUAACAAUGGAGUGAAGACCUGAUGAACUCUAUCACGUCAUUGGACCCAGUUUGACUGUUCUACAAUGAAUGGAAACCAAAAGGAGAAUAUCCCCUAGGAUGGUAUUAUAAUGAAUACAUUCACAUUAACAGAACAAUAUUGGGACACUUUUACUUGAAAAGGUAUAACUCCUUACUAGGCUUUCAGGAGAUAAUGAGUCAACCAAAGGAUGCUAUAGCAGACCAGGGGAAAUAACUCUGAAAAAGCAGCAUCUAUCAGAUAAUAAAACAGCAGAAAGGCUUUCAGAGAACUUUUGCCAGGGAGAAACCUUUGAAAAAGCUGAGGCCAAGAGGUUCCAAUGCAGGACUGUUCCCUCAAAAGCUGACCCACAUCAUAACUACUCUGCAAUAUUGUUCCCAAAAUGGAAAUGGCAAAUUAUACCAAAUAACAACGAGAAAGAAUUACUAGUACUGGAGGGCUAGACAAAGCCCUGCAAGGACUAUUCACCGAUGGAAAGUCAAACACUUAUGGCACAGGCUUAGAGACGAUGGCCCACAAGUAGAAGUGGAUAAACUAUAUCUUCUUGGGUAUAGCUAAGUUUAUAAAGAAUAGCUGAUAGGCUUAUUAUUGUGACCCUCCUACAACCUUGACAUAGAAAUCUUAACUAUCGAGAGAUGGGAGCAAUAAUGAACUUCAAAUGUGGACUGGUAUUCAGCCGCAAUAAUUCUACAGAUACCAGAAGAGGAAAUGCAGUAUUUGGAGGACCCCUCUAUCAAAACAGAGAGGGAUAAAAUAAAUGUGCAGGAAAUUCACCAAUCCUGCUAAUUCCAUGCCAUACAGUACAGUCACUUCCUUCUGGAAGAAUAGCCACCCUUCAGACAAGCCGAGGGACACUAUGGUCCUCCCUCCUGCAGAAUGGCUUUUGCAUCGUAUGACAUGGGCAACAACUAGGUAAAGACAUAAAAGUGUACUACUAGAUAAAAUGGUGUAUGCGAAUUGUGAAAAAAUGACAUGUAUAAGUUAAUCCACAGUGGUGGAAACCAGACUAUACCAAUUCAGAUAGAGUCCUAAAGCAUAUUAUAAUCAGAGAGAUUAAAAAGACAUUUAAUACAGAUGACUUCAGGGCUAACCAACAUAACAGAUGCUGCAUCUAAUGCUAAAUGAGGUCUGGAUACACAGAUAAUUAGCUAUCUUUAAAGGUAAACGGGGAAAAUUAUAGAUGAUAUAACCAGGUCUUAUUUGGAUGAGCACUAGCAGGUGAAACAUGUCCGUUUUUUCACUAAAUUUCAGAAUAAGUUUAUUGAACAAAUUUGAAAAAGAGACUGCUGUAUCAAGAAAAGCUGCCACAGACCUUUUGGAAAAGCAGAAGAACUUAUGGAGCUACUCAACGUCUUAGUAUGAGAAAGUUCCAUGAUAGACUGCUAUGUGGAAAAAUUUAUAGAGUAGAUGAAGAUCCAGGAGACUUAGGGAGGUGAACAGAGGCACAAAGAGGAGAAAUAAAAGUUGUAUCAUCAAGGGGCUGGCCCCGUGGCCGAGUGGUUAAGUUUGCGCGCUCUGC